GCGGGCGGCGGCGACGGCGGAGGCCGGUGACAGCGGCGGGCAGCCGGCGGCCAUGGCGGCGGCGGCGGCGGCCGGCAGCGACGACGCCCGCUGCGUGCGGCUGAGCGCCGAGCGGGCGCGGGCGCUGCUGGCCGACGUGGAUACGCUGCUGUUCGACUGCGACGGCGUGCUGUGGCGGGGCGAGACAGCCGUGCCCGGUGCGCCCGAGGCCCUGACGGCGCUGCGGGCCCGCGGCAAACGCCUGGGCUUCAUCACGAACAACAGCAGCAAGACCCGCGAGGCCUACGCCGAGAAGCUGCAGCGCCUGGGCUUCGGCGGCGCCCGCCUCGAGGUCUUCGGCACGGCCUACUGCACCGCUCUCUACCUGCGCCGCCGCCUGGCCGGCGCGCCGGGCCCCAAGGCCUACGUGCUGGGCGGCGAGGCCCUGGCCGCCGAGCUGCGGGCCGUGGGCGUCGCCUGCGUGGGCGUGGGGCCCGAGCCGCUGCAGGGCGACAGCCCCAGCGCCUGGCUGAACGCGCCGCUCGAGCCCGGCGUGGGCGCGGUGGUGGUGGGCUUCGACCCGCACUUCAGCUACAUGAAGCUCACCAAGGCCGUGCGCUACCUGCAGCAGCCCGGCUGCCUGCUUGUGGGCACCAACAUGGACAACCGGCUCCCGCUUGAGAACGGCUGUUUCAUCGCGGGUACCGGCUGUCUGGUCCGAGCCGUGGAGAUGGCCGCCCAGCGCCAGGCCGACAUCAUAGGCAAGCCCAGCCGCUUCAUCUUCGACUGCGUGUCCCAGGAGUAUGGCAUCAACCCAGAGCGCACUGUCAUGGUAGGAGACCGCCUGGACACGGACAUCCUCCUGGGCGUCACCUGUGGCCUGAAGACCAUCCUGACCCUCACUGGAGUCUCCACUCUAGGGGACGUGAAGAGUAAUCGGGAAAGUGACUGCAUGAAUAAGAAGAGAAUGGUGCCUGACUUCUAUGUUGACAGUAUAGCCGACCUUUUGCCUGCCCUUCAAGGUUAAAGAUCUAGUGUCUUUAAUCUCCAGAAUAAAAACUUGAAAAUCACUUACCC